AUGUACCGUUCCCUGAAUCCCUCUUCGUCAGUAUAUGUCAAGGGGGUCUGUUGUUCUAAUGGAUUUCAGUCCAUGGCCAUGUACACCGCUUGCAAGCGUUCAAUGACUAAUACUUGCAGCUACGAGAACGGUCGCUGUCGAUUCUUCUGCCUCCCCGGCGGUCGAGAAAUGAAUCGUGUUUGUAGAUGUCCAGAUGACCAACCAAGUUGCAUUGCUGAAUACGCCUAG